AUGAGUGAGACCAGCAAGAAAGGCGGACAAGGGAGCUCGGAGCUUCUAAAGAUCUUGGCGCGCCCAAAUUCCAAUGCCGCAUCAACACUUCCUUCCACUUCACCACACCUUUUGCGACGAUGCUCUGAACCCUCUUCUUAUACUCCAAAUCUCGAACCAGAUCUUACUUCCACGCCAUACAACUACUCAUCCGACGACCCUAUGCCAAAAGUCAACAGCUACGCGCCAGCCUGGCUAUGUCGUCCAUCGCCUGGCGCCAGCCUUUUCACCGGUGCGUCUGACAAAGGCCAUGUGCAAGCCUUGACAAACGGAUCAAAGACUACGGCACCGGACGCAGCAAAUCGCACAAUCGCCAAGAGAGGGAACGAAGUUUUUGCCGUCGUUGACAACGAAAUUCGAUGGUCUGACCUUGCGCGACUGAAGGACCAAUGGCAACAAGAAGCUCGACAGAAGAGCUCUACUGGUUCUGUGAAGGAAGAGGCAAAUAGCGCCAAACCCCCGCCUUACAGGGUUCUGUCAGUGCCCGUUUACGGCCUCAUCCGACAAAUCCUCCCCUCCCCGAAUGGCGCAUUCCUAGCCAUCGUCACCGAGCACACUGUUCAUAUUUCUGUUCUCCCUGAUUCAUCGCAUCUCUCCUCGACAGACACAAAUCCCAUCCGUCUGAAAACCUAUCAGCUUGGCCCGACCACCCAUGUCAUUCCAGAAGCACCCGUGGUAUCUGCUCUAUGGCAUCCCCUUGGGCUCCACACCAACUUGAGUGGAUGCAUUGUCACCGUUACUGCGGAUGCUGCGGUGCGUGUGUGGGAGUUAGAUCGUAAUAACCACUGGUCUUUUGACCAACCUACCCUGGCAGUGGAUCUCCGGAAGCUGGUUGAUGGAACCUCGUCAGACCAGGACUUCGCACCAUCGGGAUUCGGUAAGAACAAAGGAUUUUCUGCCGAUAUAAUCGAUAUGGAAGUUGCUUCUGCGUGCUUCGCGGGCAGUGGAAACGAGAGAGAGGAUGCAUGGGCGCCUAUGACUCUCUGGGUUGCUAUGCGACCAGGUGAUCUUUAUGCCCUUUGCCCUUUGUUGCCAUCUAAAUGGCAGGCUCCUUCUACAACGAUUCCCUCACUUUCUUCGGCCAUUGUUCCAAAGUUGGCAGCUCUUGAAGAGUCCCCUGAGGAUCUAGAAGACCAGUUAAUCGCAUGCCGGCAACAAUAUGACUGGCUGCGAGAGAUUGACGAGCAAGAACCAUUAGAGCCACCCUCAGAGUCUGGUAACAUACAGGGCGCGGAUGUCUUUACUCGUCCGGCGGCCCCGAGCGCCAUUCCACGUUUGCAAGGCCCAUUCGGGUUUGAUCUCGGGGACGACUUGGAUGAUUUAGAUAUCUGCGAUAUUCUCGUCAUUGCAGCCAGGCUCAAUGUCGAAGAUCUGAUGAUGGGUGAAGAUGAAGAGCUUGCUGUCGAAGCCACAGAAAAAGACAAAUUAUCAGCCACUGUGAUUUGUCUCUCAAGCGGGAAUGGCCGUGUGAACAUUUGCCUGGAGCUUGAUGGCGUUGAAGGCCAAUGGCUUCCCAAGUCUAAGAAAAAUACAUUCCGAACUCCCCUCUCAGAUCCUUCGGAUCUCCUCUUGGUCGAGUCACUCGAUACUAUUAAGACCAAUGGCGAAGAAUCGGUGGCAUGGCCCAUCUUUACAAGAGAUAUCCACUCGCGCUACUCCUUCUUCGUCACUACUGCUACCAAUGUGGUAUCUUUCUCCAUGUCCUCUUGGGUGCAACGACUCGAGGCCGAGUUGCAGGCCGAGGAUCCUUCGGGUUCCGGUUUCCGUUUGCAGGUUUUAUGCAGUGGAAAUGUUGCCCAAAGGGAACGAAUCUUACAGGUCUCUGAUACUGAUGCCACAGCCCAAAACGCGCACCUUGCUGGCUCUGUGGUCUUCUAUGAUUUUGACCUCGGUUACCUUUUACUUACCUACCAACCCUCAAGUCCGUACGCUGCUGUCAUGGAAUCACCGGAGGAAUCUUUCUCUGCCGCAAUGGACAUUCAUAUUGAGCAGCGAACAAGUACUCCCGGGUCUCCUAUCGUGCUCCCCCGACGUGCUCCGUAUCAAGUUCCAGCUGUCUUCUACGCAGUCUCCCCGCUGGAUUCAUUUGUUGAUACUCACGUUCCUCACCGGCAGCGACACACUCUCAAAGAGCACGUACGCCUGUCACCAGCAACUUUGGAUCUUGUGACGAUUGCCCACCGUCAGCUCGCGACCUAUACAUCUGCACUCGAGAGAGCCGCUUCGGAUCUAUUCCGUAGAUGUGAACGGUUGCAAGGAGAGCUAAAAGAUCAGUUGAGACAGCUGUCAGAUGUUGCGGAGCGCAUUAAUGGUGUCACCAGUAAGGUCGGCGAGGACGGCAACCGCGAGGAGGGCACCAGAAAUGGCGAGGCCUUGGACAAGAGGCUUCAGACCGCAAAGGACCGACAAAUCGAACUUAUCAAACGCUAUGACGCGCUACGCAAGAAGGUUCUCAAUUCAGGCGGACGUCCUCUGAGUGAGAAAGAAAAGGCUUGGGGCUCAGAGGUCGAAACUCUAUCCGAAUUCCUCGAGGAUGGACAAAUCAAGGAGGAAGAAAGACAACAGCUUGUCCAGCGUUUAGAGACGGUAAAACAAUUUGCACUUGACCUCGUUUCCGAAACCAAGUCCAUUGCUGCGAAGACCCCCACUUCACCUGACUUGGGAGACUCAUCUUCUGGCUCUCAGACCAAGGUCCCGCAGCGUCUCCAGCGCCAGCGGGUCACAGAAGCGAUGAGAAUGGUCGAGCGAGAAUCUGCUGUCAUUGACGCCAUCACUUCUCGUCUGGGUCGCCUCAACACCAACCUCUAG